UAUUGAUGUGAUAGAUUCAAACCGCUCUGGCAAAAUAAAAUAAAAAUAGUGCCUACGGCACGAGCAACGCUUUGUCACGUCUGCACCGCAGUUCUUCAGCACUUCAGCAGAUGUAGUCUAGUCCAUUCAGAUCCAGGCCAGCCGGCACUAAAUCGAGACAUAGAAUGCUUAUAAGUAAACGUCGCUCCUCGGAAAUAACAGAAUAUCUUUAAACCUAAGAAUAAAACUAGUGUGGUGUCUAAAAAAGAACAAACUGUUUGCAUGCAAAUACACUCGCACAUACCUACCUAUAAGAGCGGUAUGAGAGAAAUAAUGAAAACUUUAAUGCAAUUGCAAUAAGGAGAAAGAACGAUUUAAAUAUAGUUUAGUACAAAAUCACCGAUUGCACUGGCGGGUCAAACAAAAUCAAUACAAGAAAAUUGCAACAAACCAAAAUAAAAUGCUUUUCAACAAUGUUUUCGAAUUAGUGAGCUCAAGCUGGAAGCUAUUAAACAAAUCAAGAAAGUUCUACUUGAUUUCGCCAAUCGCCACACGUCGUUCGUUGUCCGUGCAGUAUGGCAAUUCUGCUCUUCUCACAGCUGGAGCCAAGUCUUACAUCAAUAAAUGCGUCUCUCUAUGUCAACCAGAUCGUAUACAUAUAUGUGAUGGAAGUGCAGAUGAGAGCAAGCUACUGCAAGAAUUGAUGCUGAAGCAGGGGACCAUUACUCGGCUUACGAAGUACACUAACUGCUGGCUUGCGCGUACUAAUCCUGCAGACGUUGCUCGCGUUGAGUCAAAAACAUUUAUAUGUACUGAUCGCAAGGACCAAGCUAUUCCAGUCACUCCAAAUGCUACCGCUGGCGCACUUGGAAACUGGAUUUCACCGGCUGAUAUGGAGCAGGCAGUUAAAGAGCGGUUUCCGAAGAGUAUGCGAGGUCGAACAAUGUAUGUGAUUCCAUUUUCAAUGGGCCCUGUGGGAUCGCAGCUUUCAAAGAUUGGCAUUGAAGUUACCGAUUCUCCUUAUGUGGUGGAAUCAAUGAAGAUAAUGACUCGCGUUGGAAAUCAAGUUCUGGAGAAAUUACAAAGUAAUGGUGAUGAAUUUGUCAAAUGUUUACAUUCAGUGGGUACGCCGAAAGACAGAAAAGUUGCGGUACCUUCAUGGCCAUGCGAUCCUGAGCGCACAAUUAUCCUUCAUAAGCCUGACAGCAAUGAGAUUUUAUCUUAUGGUUCCGGGUAUGGUGGUAAUUCUUUGCUGGGUAAGAAGUGCUUUGCAUUACGAAUUGGUAGCACUAUUGCGAAGCGUGAAGGUUGGUUGGCCGAGCAUAUGCUUAUAUUAGGUAUCACAAAUCCGAAGGGCAAAAAAAUAUAUAUCGCAGCCGCGUUUCCAUCGGCCUGUGGUAAAACAAAUCUAGCUAUGAUGACACCAACACUGCCAGGUUACAAUGUGGAGUGUGUAGGGGAUGACAUUGCCUGGAUGAAAUUCGAUAGCGAAGGAGUGCUACGCGCAAUAAAUCCCGAAAAUGGCUUCUUUGGCGUAGCUCCAGGUACUGCCAUGUCUACGAAUCCAAAUGCCAUGAAUACAAUUUUUAGCAACACUAUUUUCACAAAUGUGGCAUCCACAUCGGACGGCGGUGUUUAUUGGGAAGGAAUGGAAGAACCGAACAUUAAUAAUGUUAUAACGACCGACUGGCUGGGUAAACUAUGGUCUAAGCAAUCCGGUAAACCAGCCGCACAUCAAAAUUCUCGUUUCUGUACACCUGCUAUUCAGUGCCCCAUUAUUGAUCCAUGCUGGGAAGAUCCACAAGGUGUGCCUAUAAGCGCAAUUCUGUUCGGUGGUCGCCGUCCAAAAGGUGUUCCACUAGUAUACGAGGCGCGUAAUUGGUCUCACGGUGUUUUCAUAGGUGCUGCUAUGCGCAGUGAAGCCACAGCAGCCGCCGAGCACAAAGGGAAAGUAAUAAUGCAUGAUCCCUUCGCUAUGCGUCCAUUCUUUGGUUACAACUUUGGAGAUUAUCUUAAGCAUUGGCUGAGUAUGGAAAAAAGAGGAAGAGUACCAAAAGUGUUUCAUGUCAACUGGUUCCGUAAGAGCGCAGAUGGAAAGUUCUUAUGGCCAGGUUUUGGUGAUAACUCUCGUGUUUUAGACUGGAUUUUCAGGCGUGUGCAUGAAGAAGAUUGCUAUGUGGAUAGCCCUAUUGGUUAUUUGCCCAGCGAAGGUGCACUGGAUAUAACAGGACUACAGCAAAGCGUCGACCUUAAAGAACUUUUUAACGUGCCUAAUGAUUUCUGGCAACAGGAAGUCAAUGAAAUUGAACAGUACUUUAAAACGCAAGUGGGAGAAUUUCUACCAAAAGAAGUAUUCAACGAAUUGACUGAAUUGAAAAAACGCGUGAAUAAAUUGUAAUCCACAUUUUUGUAUAUAAAUUUAAAAAAUAUAUAUAUUGGAAAUUAAUA